GGGGGGGAUCCCAGCUCUUCCUGCAUGAACCUGAAACCUCUACUGUAAGCGCCUCUUUCACCGCCGCGCCACUUCACCUGUCGUCCAUCCGUCGUGUCUUUCAUCCUGCUGGAGGCCCCCGGUCCAACCCUCUGCUCUGCCGGUGCCUGGACGUCCCAACAGAGCACAGACGAGGGCCUGGAUUUACUUCAUCUGAGGCGGAAGCAAAGGGAGGAUUGGAAUUUGUAGUUUUUUGGGGGGGUUUUUCCCUCUCUUUUCCUUUGGGCCCUGUUCCUGGGCCCUGUUCCUGUAUCUAUGUGUGUGCAGGACCUGCACAGGAAAUCACAUUUUUUUUUGUUUAAGGUGUGAAAUAUGGAAGAACUGAGCUAAAGAUGGGAUCGGUAGCGUCAUACUUUGGCCAGUUGUGUGGGAAAGAGCAAAAGAAAGAGGAGGAGAGACUUUUUCGAGCCAACGACAGACCUUUCAACCUCUCCUACCACUAUGCUGACAACGCCAUCAAGACCUCCAAAUACAAUCUUUUCACCUUCCUGCCACUUAACCUCUUUGAGCAGUUCCAGAGGCUCGCCAAUGCCUACUUCCUCUUCCUCAUGGCCCUUCAGGUAAUCCCACAAAUCUCCUCUCUCUCCUGGUUCACCACGGCCGUCCCUCUGAUUUUGGUGCUGUCUAUAACAGCAGUCAAAGACGCAAGCGACGACAUAAACAGGCACAAAAGCGACAAGCAAGUGAAUAACCGCAUGGUGAAGGUCCUCAUCGAUGGAGAACUGAGAAAUGAAAAAUGGUUGAAUGUUCAGGUUGGAGACAUAAUCAAACUGGAGAAUAAUCAGUUUGUCACAGCGGACCUUAUGUUGCUAUCCAGCAGUGAGCCUCUCAACCUGGUCUACGUAGAAACCGCUGAAUUAGAUGGUGAAACCAAUCUGAAGGUGAAACAGGCCCUGUCUGUAACUGGAGAUAUGGGAGACAGCAUCGAUGCGCUGGCUGGCUUCAAUGGUGAAGUGCGAUGUGAGCCUCCCAACAACCGUCUCGACAAGUUCAAAGGAACUCUGACCCUGGACGGACAAACCUACUCUUUGGACAACGAUAAGGUGCUGCUCAGAGGAUGUACUCUGAGGAACACUGAGUGGUGCUUUGGUCUGGUUAUCUUCGGAGGUCCUGACACCAAGCUGAUGCAGAACAGUGGGAAGACAACAUUCAAACGGACGAGCAUUGAUCACCUGAUGAAUGUCCUGGUGUUGUGUAUCUUUGGUUUCCUGGCGUCUAUGUGCACCGUUCUGGCCAUCGGCAAUGGAAUCUGGGAGGUGAGGGAGGGCUCAGUGUUCACAGCCUUCCUCCCUCGUGAACCAGGUGCCAACGCUGCCCUCUCAUCCUUCCUCUCCUUCUGGUCCUACAUCAUCAUCCUCAACACGCUGGUGCCUAUUUCUCUCUACGUCAGCGUGGAGAUCAUCCGUCUGGGGAACAGCUUCUUCAUAGACUGGGACAGGAAGAUGUAUUACCCCAAGAAUGACACUCCUGCCCAGGCGAGGACCACCACGCUCAAUGAGGAGCUGGGCCAGAUCAAAUACAUCUUCAGCGACAAGACCGGCACCCUGACACAGAACAUCAUGACGUUCAACAGGUGCUCCAUCAAUGGGAAAGCUUACGGAGAGCUGUUUGACUUUUCUGGUCAAAGGGUGGAAAUAACAGAGAAGACAGCGAGAGUGGACUUCUCCUGGAACCAGCUGGCUGAUCCAAAGUUCACCUUUCACGACCACAGUCUGUUGGAGACGGUGAGGGAGGGAAACCCGGAGGCUCAGGCCUUCUUCCGCUUGCUGGCUCUGUGCCACACCGUCAUGCCUGAGGAAAAGAAAGAGGGGGAGCUCUACUAUCAGGCUCAGUCUCCUGAUGAGGGCGCUCUGGUGACCGCAGCGAGAAACUUUGGGUUUGUGUUCCGCUCACGUACACCAGAGACCAUCACAGCCAUGGAGAUGGGCAGAACAGUCACCUAUGAACUUCUGGCUGUUCUCGACUUCAAUAAUGUGCGCAAGAGAAUGUCAGUCAUAGUGCGUAACCCCGAAGGCAAGUUAACUCUAUACUGCAAAGGAGCAGACACCAUCAUCUUUGAGAGACUGCACCCAUCCUGUAACAAACUGAAGGAAGCUACCAUCGGACACCUCAACGAGUAUGCAGGCGACGGCCUCCGUACACUGGCCCUGGCCUACAAGGACUUGGAUGAGAGCUACAUGGAUGAGUGGAGACAGCGCCACCACGAGGCCAGCACCGCCAUGGAGGGCAGAGAGGAGAGACUUGAUGAACUUUAUGAAGAGAUAGAGAAAGACUUGCUGCUGUUGGGAGCGACAGCUGUGGAGGACAAGCUGCAGGACGGCGUGCCACAGACCAUUGAGCAACUGGCUAAAGCUGACAUCAAAAUCUGGGUGUUGACUGGGGAUAAACAGGAGACUGCGGAGAACAUUGGCUAUUCCUGCAACAUGCUGAGGGAGGAGAUGAAGGAGAUUUUCGUUGUGGCAGCAAAUACGGCUGACGGGGUCAAAGAGGAGCUACAGAAUGCUAGAAGGAAAAUGUUUCCAGAAGCCGCAGAGGAGCCAUCUGUGAAAAAGGCUCGCGCAGGCCUGUUUUGGCUUCAGAAGACCGAGACAGUGCAGGAUGAGAAGGUGGAUGGAGAUUAUGGCCUAGUUAUAAAUGGACACAGUCUGGCCUUUGCCCUGGAGAAGAACCUGCAGCUGGAGCUGCUUAGGACAGCAUGUAUGUGUCAGACAGUGAUUUGCUGCAGGGUCACCCCACUGCAGAAGGCCCAGGUGGUUCAGCUGGUCAAGAAGUACAAGCAGGCUGUCACUCUGGCCAUUGGGGAUGGGGCCAACGAUGUCAGCAUGAUCAAGGCUGCUCAUAUCGGUGUAGGUAUCAGCGGUCAGGAGGGCAUGCAGGCAGUUCUCUCCAGCGACUACUCCUUCGCCCAGUUCCGUUACCUUCAGCGCCUCCUGCUGGUGCACGGCCGCUGGUCCUACCUACGCAUGUGCAAGUUCCUCCAAUAUUUCUUUUACAAAAACUUCACCUUCACCUUUGUGCAUUUCUGGUACGCCUUCUUCUGCGGCUUCUCUGCACAGACUGUGUAUGACGAGUGGUUCAUCACCUUGUACAACAUGGUUUACACAGCUCUUCCUGUCCUCGGCAUGAGCAUCUUUGACCAGGAUGUGAAUGACCGCUGGAGUUUCCAGUAUCCUCAGCUCUACACUCCGGGCCAGCUGAACCUGUACUUCAGUAAGAAAGCCUUUGUGCUCUGUAUGAUGCACAGCUGCUACAGCUCCCUCAUCCUCUUCUUCAUCCCGUGGGCCGCCAUGCAUGACACGGUCCGAGAUGACGGCAAAGACUUAGCCGACUAUCAGUCCUUUGCUUUAUUGGCACAGACCUGUCUGCUGAUUGUGAUGAACAUACAGCUAUGUCUGGACACCUAUUACUGGACAGCAGUGAACCAGUUUUUUGUAUGGGGCAGCCUGGCCGCUUACUUUGCCAUCACAUUUACCAUGUACAGCAAUGGCAUGUUUCUCAUCUUCACCUCCUCUUUUCCCUUCAUCGGCACCGCAAGAAACUCUCUGAGCCAGCCUAGCGUGUGGCUCACCAUAUUCCUGACUUCCCUCCUCUGUAUCCUGCCUGUGGUGGCUUCCCGCUUCCUUUUCGUUCAGCUUCGGCCCACCAUCAACGACAAGGUGAGACAGAAGGUGCGGAAGGAGGCACUGCCAGCUCCUGCACCUCGCCGUCCACCUGCCAGGCGUAUCAGCACCCGGCGGUCUGGCUACGCCUUCUCCCACGCCCAGGGCUACGGUGAUCUGGUGACAUCGCGGAGGUUCCUGCUGAAACUGAGGAGUCGACCAGCGCUGUUUACACAAACAGACUCUCCUCUGACUGAGAAUCAGCCACAGGUCUACCGCACCAUCGCAGAGGAUCCGGAAGAGUCACAGAGCCCUUAGACAGGAGGUAUGACCGCAGCAGAGUGUGCGGGACCAGGAGAUCCUGUUUUUAUUUUGGGAGCAAAGGGUAAAGUUCACCAUCUGGAACAUUUCCAGGUCAAACCUUAACACCUAAAAACUGAGUCUGACUUGAACUUUUUUUCUAAUGGAUGUUAAAGGUGCUGUAGGUAGGAUUGUGAAGAUCCAGGACUUAGCCAAAAAAAUUUGAACAUCGACAAAUUCUCAGUCCCUCCCCCCUUUCAGGUAAAGCCCAAAACGUUCUCCUAAGCCCCUCCCCCCACAAGGGAGAAUGAAUUCGUGUGCAUGAGCAGUGAUUGACACGCAGUUAGAUACCCCCCCCACCGGCCCUGAUUGGUACAUCUGAAAAGGGAGCGGUGGGCUUUUGCAAAUCACACUACAGGCUGUAGGUGGUGCCAGAGGAGCCGGAUUUUUUUUUUAAUUACCUGAUUCAUGUAGUUCUACUGGAACAUAGGGUCAGUUUCAGCAAAUAUAACAGAAAGUUAGUUUUAUAAGGCUUACCUACUGCACCUUUUAAUGUCACUGUGAAAAUGGUGAACUUUUGGCAGCACAUCGAUCGUAAAAGCCCACACCUGUGCUUUUGCACGUUUUAGCUUAAUAAGUACAGCUCGCAUAUACUGCAGUCUACAUUACUGCUGACCAUUUUCCGAAGCAUACUAGGGUGUUUUAGAGAUAUUGGUUUCAAUUCAUUUCAUUACAGCUACAAUCAAGUUGUGGAGAAUCGCGUUAGCAAGGUAAUCGAUCAUAGCCGACAUUUAAUCGCCUUAGGUUUUGUCACUGUUGUGUCGUAAAUUGGUUUUCAUCAGGGAAGUCUUUUGAAAAACUGCAUUCAAGCACACUUGAUGCUAAAACACACUUUUUGAUUGCAAAAAAGGAGAGAUUAAAUUCACAUUUGGAUUUUUUUCAACAACAUAGCUCAUAGGUUUAAUGCUUUUCCAGUCCUUUACAUAAACUUUAUUGUCUUCACACUUGCACACAGCAAAACUAUGGAAGAGGAUUAGGGCCACAUGUGAAAAAUGUGUAAAGUCACAAUUGUGAGAUUAAACUCUGAAUUCGGACUUUAAACUUAGAACUUAAAUAUAUUGUUGAUAUUGGCACAAAUCCUCUUCCAUACAAAACACAGUGUCAUUACAGGAUAGUGCAACCUGUGAACAGUUUUGCAAGGUAAUUAAAAACAAGGUUGGCUGUUUUAUACACUGUUAACAUACAGGACAACUGCUGACUCCCAAAGGUAACAACCUGGAAUGCACUAACAAACAGUAAGUCCCUACUCAAAGACAGUCUCUACUCACAGCGGCCAGAGGAAACUGAUCGUGUAGAUUCAACAAAAAUAAAAAGUGUACAUUACCUAGCUCAGACAUGAUUUAAUACUGUUGCUUUGGAACAUGGCUAGAAAUAUGAAAUAACAUAAUAUAAUAUAUGCAGUAUGUACUUAUUCGGCAAAAACAUGCAAAACCAGAAACUGCGAUGAGAUUAACUUUGUGUAACGCACACCAUCUUUUUUAUUGUUGUAAUCUGUAGAUUUUUUUAGAAAAUGAGGUUUAAAAAAAAAUGUAAAGGUUCCCACUUGCUGAUCUGGAGAAACUGGAUCGCCACACUGCCUGCAACAUGAAGUUGCAUUGUGUAUCUUUAAAUUUUUACCCCCCUCAUGUUAAUUGUCAAUACUCCCGGUGUCAUGCUGAGAGAAGAUAAAACUGUAAUUUCAGUUGAAAUCUACCAUGUACCUAUUUUCA